AUGGCGCCAUCCAACUCAAACCCGCCCUCGCUCCCUCCCACGGUAGAGGAGGCUUACCGACGCAAAUGCAUCCAGCUCAAGCAGAGGUCCAAGGAGAUCGAGGAUGAGAACGACGCCUACCGCCUGCGCCUGAAGAGGCUCGAGCGCCAGAUCCAGAAGGCCCGCCUCGAGCGCGCCUUUCUCCUCGAGCAGAUUGCCAAGCGCACGAGCACAAACGUAGAGGAUUCAGAGGGCAGCCCAAGCCCCCCGCCCACGGUAAGUGUGUCUGGGUCACCACAUCUCGGAGCUCUCGACCAACGUUUCGCCACGCAGCCCGAUGACAAGCCCAUGAGGCUCAAGCGCGGCCACAAGUCCUCGCACCUCCCCUCGGACCUGGCGUCAUCUGGCCCGACCUUCAUCAGCGACAACCCCCGCGGCUUCUCCCCGGCCUCCGACACCUACUCCCACGAUCAGUACUCCUCCCGCAACGGCGCCAACGUCCUGCCCAAACCCCCCAAGCGGCCCAGCAACGGCUUUGAGAUCUACUGCAACGACACCCGCCCCAAGCUGCAGGAGGAGCACAAGGACGAGAUCGCCGCCGGCGAGUACCAGCUCGAGCAGGAGCUGGCCAAGGGCUGGAAGGACCUAACCCAGGACGAGCAGGCCGUCUACCAGAAGCGCUACGAGGAGGCCCUCAAGCAGUGGAAGGAGGACCGCGACGCCUACCGCCGCAGCCUCAAGGAGGCCAACAAGCGCGGCCGGAACGGCGGCCGCGACUACGACUCGUACCCCUCCUUCCGCCGCGGCCGUGGCUCCGCCGCCGCCCGCCAUCGGUCCCAGCUCGCGCGGGAUGACACCGAGGAUGUCAGCGUGGCCGACGACCAGGGCGAGGACCAGGAUGUGGAGAUGGGCGACGCCGACGCUCAGGAGGCAGAGGCGGAAGCAGAAGCAGAAGCUGAAGCGGAGGCAGAGGCCGAGGCCGAGGCCGACCGCACGGCCUACGACCAGGAGACGGAACCCGAGGAGGACGGGCAGGAUCAGGUGUCCGACUAG